UGUAGACUUGCCUUUCCCCACAUUCCCUAGACUCUCUUUCCCUGCCUCAUAGAGUGCCCCCUCGUCGCUAGACUACUCUCGCUCUUAUUUGCUCCGGUCUUCUCUGAACAACGUCUCUAUCCCGCCACGGCCCGCGUGGAUUCUAGAUUUAUACCCUCUGCACCAACCUUGAUCCCCACGCCGAGUUCUCUCAAAAAUGAUCCCGCUUCCCCGUAUCUUCGAACGGGUAUAUGCUGAUGCGGAGAACGAAGGUAGAAAGGCCUCGCGUGCUCUAGAGACAGUCAAGAGCGUAGUACGCACGCCCGAGAGCGAGCUGAAGCGGUGGAGAAGAGUCUUCGAGGCCAACGCCAAAACGGUCAUCGACGGAGAGAGGUUUCUGGACCGCGACCAAUUUGUCAAUGCGAUCGCGCCGACGGGCGACCUGACGCGCAUCGCACGCGCGCAGUUUGCAGUACUCUUCCGUGUAGCGGACGGCUCCAAACGCGGCCGAGUAUCCUGGGACGACUUCACCGUGUUCCAGACACUGCUCAAGCGCCCAGACGCUGAUUAUUGGAUCGCGUUCCAGUACUUCGAUGUCGAUAGCUCGGGAACUAUCACGUUUGAUGAACUCAAGAACGUAUUUCAGGCCAACGUUGGACCAGAUGCCAUCCCUUUCAACUUCGACUGUGACUGGGCUAAGUUAUACCUCGGCAAGAAGAACGGAACACAUGUCUUGGGAUACAACGAGUUUACCCAAUUAAUGAAGGGCCUGCAGGGCGAGCGACUGCGCCAGGGUUUCAAGUAUCUAGACGACAACCAGGACGGCUUCAUUAAGCCCGACCAGUUCAAGAGAAUCAUUCUAGAAAUUGCUGGGCAUAAACUCUCAGAUGAGGUCAUCGAGCGUCUACCCACUCUGACCACACUCACCCCUGGAGGCCGUAUAUCCUACUCGGAAGUUAUUGCAUUCCAUAAUGUUGUUAGAGAGAUGGACAUGGUUGAGCGUGUUCUCCGCGAGGCGACUGCGAAGUCGAAGGACGGACGUAUCAGCGAGACCGACUUCUUGAAUCAUGCCUCGUCCAGUGCGCGCUACUCCCUCUUCACGCCGAUGGAAGCGUCCAUCAUAUUCCACUUUGCUGGACGCGGCAUCAGUGGACAGCGCCUCGCGUUGAUCGACUUUGCUCGGCUGCUUGAUCCGCGUUGGAAGGCUCCUGGGGAACCCACUGAGGAUCCUGCUGCUACCGGCCUGUCUGUUACAUCCGUGGUACACGACAUUGCUCAAUCGGCGUAUAAUUUUGUUCAAGGGGGGUUUGCUGGGGCGUUUGGAGCAACUAUCGUAUACCCCAUAGAUUUAGUCAAGACUCGGAUGCAAAACCAACGGAGCACUGUCGUUGGCCAACUUUUAUACAAAAACAGUUUGGAUUGCGUCCGCAAAGUCUUCCAUAAUGAAGGAUUCCUAGGUUUCUACCGGGGUUUGGGACCUCAGCUCAUUGGUGUCGCCCCAGAGAAAGCCAUCAAGCUUACUGUCAAUGAUUUGAUACGUGGUCGUGCCAUGGACCCUGAGACUGGAAGCAUCACCCUUCCGUGGGAGCUCCUUGCAGGCGGGACUGCUGGAGGCUGCCAAGUGGUCUUUACGAACCCACUUGAAAUUGUCAAAAUCAGGCUUCAGAUUCAAGGCGAGGCGGCCAAGGCAGAGGGUGCCGUCGCCAAGGGUGCAGUGCAUAUUGUGCGCCAGCUUGGUCUCGUCGGCCUGUACAAGGGUGCUAGCGCUUGCCUGCUCCGUGACAUACCGUUCUCGGCGAUAUACUUCCCUGCCUACUGGCAUCUGAAGAAAGACGUAUUUCAUGAAGGCUAUCACGGAAAACAUCUGUCGUUUAUGGAGACUCUGUCGGCAGCGGCGAUCGCGGGCAUGCCUGCGGCAUACUUGACGACACCCGCAGACGUGGUGAAGACGCGUUUGCAGGUGGAGGCGCGGAAGGGUCAGACGCACUACAAAGGAUUGACGGACGCAUUUGUCAAGAUCUACCGGGAGGAGGGGUUCCGGGCACUAUUCAAGGGCGGACCUGCACGCAUCAUCCGGAGCAGCCCCCAAUUCGGGUUCACGCUUGUCGCGUACGAGUAUUUGCAUAAGUACCCGUGGAAAGAGCAGCCAAGAGAAGUAGAGACUGCGCUGACCUCGCGGCCAGAGGAGAUCGCGAAGACGCGGGCGCGCAACGCGUUGAAGAUUCUGUUGGACGUCCACGGCGACUUCGGACGGCGGUCGCCGGGAGGAUCGAUGGGUUAGAAUCGAACUGUGUUCGGAGUGAGGGGGUUGUUGAUAGAUUUUAUUGGAGGAUAUUUGAGAUAUCGGAAGUCUUGGCAUGGAC